AUGAGGAGUGAAAAUGAUAAUACAUUCAAAAUUGAAGGCCAACAUGAAACUGACAAUCUUGGGAUUCCUGAGGGAAAAUAUAGAUUAUUAUUACUAUUAUUAUUAUUAUUAUUAUUAUUAUUAUUAUUAUUAUUAUUAUUAUUAUUAUUAUUAUUAUUAUUAUUAUUAUUAUUGUUAUUAUUAUUAUUAUUAUUAUUAUUAUUAUUAUUAUUAUUAUCAUUACAAUCAUUACUGCUAUUAUUACCCUUAUAA